CGUAAUAAAUUUCCUUAUAAGAGAAAAAGAGACAUCAAGGCCAUUUGAAAAAACAUUUUCUGUCCAUUUCCUUUCAUCGCCCUUUCUUCUUUUAGAAAACCUUCGCUACGCCUUUGAGUUGGAGGAUUGCAGGUGUGUAGACACACAAAAGAAAUGCUUACUCAACCUACAUCCAAGAGGAAUAUGGAAACUAGUUCAAGGCUGCUUAAGUAUUACUGUGCGCUCGCUUUGGGCUGCAAGUCUCGGCAUUCCCCGCUAGUCUUUUGCGCUUUUCGUUGUUCCCGUCGAGCGUUCAGAGAAAUCGGUCGCUGUGGCUCGUCUUCCGUUUACAAAAGUUUUCAAAUUUGGUUAUAAAUGUGCGUCACCAGUCUAUUGGAAAAUGGGAAACGUCUAGUUCCGUAUCCUUGAAUCAGUGUCAACUUCCCUUUGAAAUGGUGGUUAGAGAAUUGUAGAAGAAUUAUCGUCGCCAGAUUUGUUUGACCACAUUUGACUUACAGUUAGUUGGUGAUAAAAAAAGAGAGCAAACGUCAAACAACUUUUUUUCCCGGUUGUCGUUUGUUUUAAAAAUCCUGCCUCGCACUGAAAACAUCCAUUCAGUUCCGACAUCGACAUGAAGUGGCCAAUCGUUCAAUCCGCUGUGUUGCUCUUGACUGUGUUUGGCAUUCACGUGUCGACUGGCUACGAGACUUCCAAGCCCUUCAACUUUCCUGAUGACGAUCCUUAUUACCCCCCAGCAGUUCCGUUCGCCAACAACCCGAAAGCGCCGCCACCCAUCAUCAUUACAACCAUCACUACACCGAAAAUUCCAGCCCAACCAACUCCAUUCGCUCAGGUUUCCCCACAGGUAUUCUCCUCAGUGUACGAUGGAUGUGAUGGCACCAAAGGCUGUUUGGGAUAUCCGGCAUCAUGUAUUCAACAACGAUCCUGCUCUGCAUUGGUGACCUUUGCCCAGAAAGGCCAGCGCAACGAAUUUGAAUUAUGGGCGACCAAAUCCACAGACAAUUCGUUUGUCGCCGUUGGGCUGUCGGAGGACGACAAAAUGGGCGACGACAGCGUGACUGAAUGCACGGUGGUCAAUGGCAGAGUCAACGUUUACAUGUCACAAAACGACGCCACCAAAACAAACGUUCGACUCCCAAACCCAACCGAAGGGUUGAAUGUGAUCAGCACGACAUUCAGCGACGGCAAUUUGUAUUGCAAAUUUGAACGCACGUCGCAGUUUGUCCUCGGCGGGAAAAAGUUGGAUGCCUCUCAAAAUCAAAAGUUCUUUCUACUUUUGGCUCGUGGGCCGGCCUCGAAUGGCGGCCUCUCGUAUCACGGCAGUGAGAAAACAGUUUCGGAUCGUUCUCUCAAAUUAUCGGAAACUGGAGCCGUUGGGGCCAGCAAAGGCACGUUGGUUAAACUUCACGGAAUCUUUAUGGUUACGGCUUGGAUGCUGGCCGCCUCUUGUGGACUGCUGUUGGCUCGUUAUUAUAAGCUCACCUGGGUGGGCCAGCAGAUCAUGGGCAAAGAUCUUUGGUUUGUGUACCACGCUAUUCUGAUGAUGGUGACAUGGACGUUGACGAUGAUCGCUUUCAUUCUCAUUUUCUCGGAACUGGGAGGUUGGACUUCGAUUCCCGCCAAUGAAAAUCCUCAUGCCGUCAUUGGUCUCAUCACGACUCUGCUGGCCUUUAUUCAGCCGAUUAUGGCUUACUUCCGGCCGCAUCCGGACGGUCCCCGACGAUACAUUUUCAACUGGGCUCAUUGGUUGGUUGGGAAAGCCGCCCAUGUCCUUGGUGUUGUUUGCAUUUUCUUGGCCGUCGGUCUUGACAAGGCCGCCAUUCCUUAUUGGGUCACUUGGCUUAUCGUCGUCUACUCAGUCAUUUACAUCCUAAGUCACAUCAUUUUAACGUUGUCCCAGUGUUUCAUGCACGCUCCUUGGAGGCCAAGACCGACCACUUCAAUGGCCAUGAAAGAUAUGUUGCCACCACGCGAGAGCUACCAAGAUUCCCUUAAUCUUGCCAAAAACAAGGAGGAUGCUUACGGGUCCCAGUUUCGCCGAGUAUAUCUCUUCUUUUACGUUCUGCUGGUGACCAGUUUCAGCAUCGCUGUGAUAGCCACGAUAGCCAAAGCCCCCUGGCCCAAGCAGUAACAAAACGCCUCACUAUAUCGUUAGAAAAUCGAAAAGUUUCAUUUCAUAAUUUCCCCACACAUUGCAUGCAUUACCUACUUUUAGUGCCGUUAUCGUCGUUUCGAUUCUUAUUUACUGCACUUUCUACUAUCUAUACAUUCAGAGUUUCCGUUUGA